AUGGCCGAGGAGGACCCCCGGCAGCAGCGGCAGCAGCGGCGCCUGCUCUCCGGGCUACAGGGCGCCGAGGUCGGGGCUCUGCAGCUCAGGAUCAAGAACUCCAUCUGCAAAACGGUUCAAUCAAAAGUGGACAACAUUCUGCAAGAUGUUGAAAAGUUCACAGACAUUGAAAAGCUCUACCUCUACCUUAAGUUGCCUUCUGGUCCCAUCCCCAGCGGCAGUACUGAGAAAAGUGAUCAGAGUGCUGUGUCAUCAAGCCGCACGCAGCAGAUGCACGCCUUCAACUGGAUCCGCAAUCACUUAGAGGAACACCCGGAGACCUCGCUCCCCAAACAGGAAGUCUAUGAUGAAUACAAGAGCUUCUGUGACAAUCUUAACUACCAUCCACUGAGUGCUGCAGACUUCGGAAAAAUGAUGAAAAACGUCUUCCCCAACAUGAAGGCGCGUCGACUUGGCAUGAGAGGAAAAUCAAAAUAUUGCUAUAGCGGACUGAGGAAGAGACCCUUUGUUCACUUUCCAUGUUUACCAAGUCUGGAGUUACACAAAACUGGAGAAGGACUGCAUUGUGACGGACUGGACUCAGCGGGCCACCUCGGCAGCAUGAAGGAGGAAGUUCGCUUUGCGGCUUGUGAUCUGGUGUGUGAGUGGGCUCAAAAGGUACUGAAACGGCCCUUUGAGGCGGUGGAAGAGUUGGCUCGCUUCCUGAUCGACAGCCACUACAUCAGCAACAAGUCCCUGGCAGCUCUCACCAUUAUGACAGGCGCAGCAACAGAAGUUAAGCCUUUGCAGACGGUCUCAGCUUUUGUGCCCACCGCCGACGCACACUGCUUCCAGCCUCAAACGACAACUCUGUCGUCUCCAACUGUUGAUGCCAAGCAGCAGCUCCAGAGGAAGAUCCAAAGGAAGCAACAAGAACAAAAGCUGCACUCACCCUUACCCGGAGAGGGUUUGAUCAAGACUGUAGAUGACAGCUGUGGGCAAUGUUGUAGCCCAGUCUCUCUUUCUCCUCAGCCAACCAUUGGCAUUGUGGUCACUGCUGUCCCAAGACCUACCGCGACGCAGCAAAGCCCCCAGCUGAUGUCUGCCAGUCCAGCAGGAACCGAGGAGAGCAAAGUGCUGCCUAUAAACUUCCAAGUGGUGACCCAGCCAGUUCAGCCAGUGAAACAACCCUCAAAGACCUCCCAAAAUAUUCUACCAAGUCACGUGGGGGAACGCACAGCUCGGCAACGCUAUCCUCAAAUCCUUCCCAAGCCAGCGGCCACCACUGCUAUCGCUUUGUGCUCGCCCUCCACCAUGAUUAUUGCCAACAACCCCAUCAAGACUGUGAUGACCACGUGUCACGUAAGUCCCGUCAGUCUGGUCAAGAUGACAGCCAUAUCCCUCGCACCCCACAGCGGCAAUGCCACUACUUCCCUUACAAACACCACAAUGAGGCCAGCAUCUGCAGGCAUCAGCAGCUGUACCGUGUCAGAGGAUAUCCUGAGAUCCCGUCAAAAUACGAGGAGUACCUCUGCUCUCCCCAUUCUGCCCCCGAUGACGAGGCCUGAGCAUGUUGACACCCAUGACAUUGAUGUUGAAAUGGAAGUUGAAGAUAUACACAAGAACAGACAAAAUCAAAAUGUGAGCAGUUUAAUGAUGCCUCAUGGAGCUUUAGCGCAGAGGGCUGCUAGCGUGCCCAUACCUCAAACUAAAGUCUUCCAAGCCCUGGAGGAAACAUCCAGCACGGAAUAUGAUGUAAAUGUCCGCUUGAGCAACAACACCGCAGCGGCCAUUGAAGCGGGCAUUAACAUUAAUAACAACACAACUAAUACAAGCACUCUGGAUUUAGCUCCUUCCUGUCAGAAUAUGAAAGCUGCCUCUAUAUGCAACACCAACAUAGUAUCUUCAUUUGGAGAAUGUAUCUAUGCGACCAAGAGCUUCCGGAAGCGCUCAGGCCUCAGCCCAGGCCCAGUCUUCUCUCCUGUCAAAAGGGCUUUUCUGUCCCCACACCCAGAAGAGAGCACUGCUGCUCUUGGAUAUGGGAGUCGAAGACCUGAGAGUGCACCAGUUACCCGGGAGAUGGAGAUGAACAUUAACUCUCUUCUCCCCAGUCAUGUCCAUACACUUGGCAAUGACUCUUUCAGAGCCAGCGGCUUCUUUGCUGUUGCCAAAACACAGAGCUCAAUGCACAGGAAAAACACUUGCAAUGUUAUGGAAACCUCUGUCGGUCACCCAUCAAUCCAGCAACCAGAGGAGCACAUGAUGUCUGACGUGCAUUCCAUGCCUAAUAAUUCCAAUUUGUCAGUAAGUCUACAACAUGUUCAACAACAGACCUAUGCUCAAGCCAACCCUGUUUCUGGACCACUGGAUUUUUUGGAUCAAGCAUCCACAGCAAGUGAACUCCCUAUGCGGACAGACAUAGAAUACUUCUCGUUUGAUGAUGAUGUAACUCAAGACAGCAUCGUGGAAGAGCUGGUCCAGAUGGAAGAGCAGAUGAAACUUAACAAUAAACAACAGUUUGGAAACAAUAUCACGCUGCAAGGGCAGCAGGCUCCGAUGGCACAUAACAUGAUGCCCACCAAUCAGACAAUAAACACUUUCUGCCAUGCUGCAAACAGCAGUGGCGUCAACAAUUUAGUCCAAACACCAACACCCACUCCCACGUCGGAAAUUACAGGAGUUCAAGGCUUGACCAGAGAGAGUCCCUGCUCAUGUAUCACCCCCAUAACGCCAGUCGACAGCACCCUCGGAAGCAGUCAACACACUCCAGUCGGUACUCCGCUCUCCAACUGCAGCAGCACUGUGCCUCCCAGCCCCGUGGAGUGCAGGAAUCCCUUUGCAUUUACACCCAUCAACUCUAGCAUCACGAGUUUCCACGACGGCAGCACGGUCUCCAGCAGCCCCGUCAAACCCAUGCAGAGGCCAACAGCCACCCACCCGGAUAAGACCAGGCUGGAUUGGAUGAAUAAUAGCUGCAAUAGCAACAGUGGGAGCUUAAAUAACUCUAACAGCACCGUGGGAAUCUUGCCCAGCUAUCAGGGCCUCAUAGAUGACCACUUUCAAAAGCCUCACGCCUUCGCUGUCCCUCACGUAAGGCACCAUGAUGGCCGUUUUGGCCGGUUGACUCCCAUUUCCCCUGUGCAGCAGCAGGUAGCAAGCAUGGCUAACACGACCACGCAAGAGGGGUUCGCCGUGCCUGCUCCACUGGAUAACAAGACCUCCAACCUUCUCGCUACGAGUGGAUCUUUUCGAUGUCGCAGUGUUAGCCCCGCCGUACACCAGAGGAACCUGGUAGGGAACACGGGAACUAGUGGCCUUCACAAUAUCCACCAGCAGUGUGUCUCCCCGUUUAACUCUCCGGUAACGCCUGAGGUGUUGAACAUUUUAGCCAACAACCAGGGAAAUCUUGGGGUGAGCAGCGUGGCUCAAAGGAGUCGCUCAGUGCCCCUCAACAUCAUGAUGCAGACGGACGUUCUACCGAUGCCGGGUCAGCAAUGCAGCGGCAAAAAUAUCACUGAUGUCCUUCUGAGCAAGCUGGAUGCAGACCAUGACCCUGUGCGGGUUAUGGGUAUUAAUAAUUUGCCUUCCGGCUAUACGGCACGCAUGAAUCUCACUCACGUCCUCCAGUCUGAGAAUGUCAGCCCGAUCCCUUCGGACUCUACCGGCAGACGCGUGUCACUAAGGCCAAAUUACCUCAAUAAUGAACAAAUGUUUUUCUCUGCAAGCGACGGCCGAGCGCAGUCGGCCUCUGGGGGAAAGCAUCAGCAGCAGGCCCAGUCAUCACAGCAAACUUUGAGUUCACAGCGACAGCAUUUGGGUUUCAGUGACACCUUAAAAGACGCCCCACCAGACAGCAGCCUUCAUGCCGGCAAUCAGCUGGUGCAACAGGUGUCGCUGCUAGCGGCAGGAGGGGCAGAUUUUCCGAACGAACUCAGAAUGUCUUCGGACUUCUCCAGUAGCAUCAAUGACCUUAAUACACUGGAUGCAAACCUUCUGUUUGACCCCAGUCGUCAGCAAGGGCAAUAUCAAAGUGCUGCUCCAGAGGAAUUGGACAAUCAGCCUCUGUUUCAGCAAAUCACCAGCGGCACGACACAUUCUGGUGGACUUGAGUGGCUUGAGAGCAAAGAUCACACAACUGUCGGUUUGAUGGGCUAAGAGUGGAGCCUCUUAAUAUCAUGUUGACCAUGUUGAAUCUGUGGUUUCCGUUGUCGGAUUGAUGUAUUGUAACUUUUUUGUGGAACACUGGACACAGUGAGGUUUGUCCAGUUUAAGUGCCGAGCGAUGCUGAAAUGAUGCUGCAACCCUCUGAUCAAAAUGCUGGCCAUUUCUUUAUAUCAGACAACAUCGCCUCGUGUUGUUGCUGUAACAGCAUUUCUGACACAUGAUCAAAAGCUCAUGAUAAAAUUAUACCUUUUUAAAUGUAUUUCCAUCUAUUUUGUAGCCCCCAAAAAACUGCAAUUCAAAAAUGUUUUGUAUUUUCUGUAGAUUAUUAAAACAUUCAUAAAUUUGUAGAAUAUAUUCUACAUCGAUGACGAGCAUUAAUUCGUGAAGUCUGAAAAGUGAUGCUUGCCACUGAUGACAUUUUUAAACAGGCCAUUCUAAAAAGUGAUCCAAUCUAAAGCGAUGCCCACCUCAGCCAGAGGAAACACUUUGCAGAAUAUUUAGCAAAUGUAAAUAAUAAUAAUCACUAUUAUAUGUGUGUAGAAAGUUUAGCGUGGUGUAUAUUUUUUGUACCAGGGGUGGGGAACCGUUUUCCUAUCAGGGGCCAUUUCAAUCCUCAGAGGCCAUACUAUCCAUCUAUCCAUCCAUUUUCUGAGCCGCUUCUCCUCACUAGGGUCGCGGGCGUGCUGGAGCCUAUCCCAGCUAUCAUCGGACAGGAGGCGGGGUACACCCUGAACUGGUUGCCAGCCAAUCGCAGGGCACAUACAAACAAACAACCAUUCACACUCACAUUCACGCCUACGAGAAUGAGUUGUCAAUUAACCUACUAUGCAUGUUCUUGGGAUGUGGCAGGGCCAGAUGAAAUGCUCAUAUACGGUCCCUGAACAGAUUCCCCACCCCUGAUUUGUACAAUCUUACAUGUCAAGGUGGAUCACAGAUGGAGUAAAUGCAGGUUAUCUAAUAACCAGAAACAUAACUGGAUGCAAUCCAGCCCUCCACAUGUACUAAAUUUUUCUUUUUUUUUUAAAAGUCCCAUAAGGUCGGUUGCCUGUUUAUCAGAUAUCCAUAAACUCACUCCUUAUCCCCAAAGAGAUAGGCCAUAUACAAAUAAACGUUAAAUUGAAGCCAUAAAGCACUUUGAAAUGGAAUCAUAGCUAACUAAAGGUUUCUUGAGACAUUGUUUCAAAAUGUUCAAACCAUGUUUAACGUGGUGGGUGCAAACUAAAGAAUGGCAAAAUAUGCAAUUAGAUGGAUGAAUAUGAUCGGAGCAAUUGUCAUCCUGCACAGACAAUCUGAAAGUUGUCUAUUAAUUCUUCUACCAAAAAAUGCACUGUGCUUUUUCUCUACAAGUCCUGAAUCAAAACAGUAAGAAGGCCUUAUGUCCAUACCAAAGAUCCAUUUUAAAAUGCACUAACAUCUUGUGUCAUGAAAGACUCCUGUAUUGAACGGUGGACAUAUUGACAAGUUUUGAAGGGCUAUAACAUAUGAGGUUGUACGAAGAAGACUUCGCUAAUUAAUGUAUGAUUUAACUUUAUUUAUUGUACAGUUAGAGUGAAUGUGUUGAUGUCAAAACCAUUUAAUCUUGCACUGUUAUGUUGUUUUAAAGGCUCCAGCAGCGUGCAUAAUAUUAGCACGGAUACGGUUGAACUGUUUUUAAUUUUGCUGUAUGUCAGGAUAACUUGGAUGAUGUCAUGCACCGAUGCAUAAAAGGAAUAUCAAUUGUUUUUCAAGUAGAGGAGUACAGUUCUUUAGACUUAUUUCAUGGUAGUUUUGAACCCGAUGAGUACUUUCAAUAAUAUAUGUUAAAUCUCUCCUGUCUUUUUCCUGUUUAUUUUUAUUGUGUCUAAGAAUAUUUAAUUUGGUUUGCACUGAUAUUUAUGUUCUUCAGACUUUACUACUCUUGGAAUUGGUUCAGAGCUGUAGAACUGCCCUCCACUGUAGUUGUUAUGUUGCCGUGUCGAGUGAAAAUGAAUAUAUUUUAUGUGCUUUUUAAAGGGGUAGUGCUUGGUUUUUGAGGUCUUUUUAAAAAAAUAUAUGUUAAUAAACCAUUUUAAGUACACCAAAAUGCUGCAAAGAGUAAAUGUCUGCAUGUCGUAAAGAUGUGGUACACGGCCUCCCUAAGUGGUACGUGAAAGAAUCGCUGAAUUAGAAGACAAUAAACUUGAGAAGGCCUUUUAUUGUCACAAUGCCCUCUCCAUUGCAGAUGUUCAUAUAUGAAGUACAGAAAAAUAAAAUUAGUAAAAUAUAUAUUUACAACAAAGAUAAUUAGUAAUGCAAGAAGAUGAAUAGAAUUGUCGUCUAAGUUGUAGAAAUUCACAGUAUAUGAAUUAUUGCACAGAUACAUUGAAUAUUGCACAGUGGGUGAAAAAAGCACACAUGGAGGUCAGGGUUUAGACGGGGGAGGGUGGGUUUAAUGUCAAUUUUCUGAUAUUUAGGCGCAGUGUUAAUGUUGGAACUA